AUGCGCUCACUGCUUCGCCUGAGAUCGUCCCUAACGCCUGGCGAUAAAUUCCUGCCAUGGCAAUUCACGCGGUCGCGACCGCUGUCGUAUACUGCGAUUCGCCAUUGCUCGUGUUCUGACAAACCCGAAGCUCCAACGGUACCUCCGACCGAUCAUCGAGCUCUCGGAACCGCCCAAGAGCUCUUCACAUCUUCAGUCUACAGUCCCGGAUCUCCUCUGUUCCUCCCAAAUGGCACACAUGUUGUCAACAAACUCAUCUCCUUCCUCCGCACUCAAUACCUACAAUACGGCUUCCGUGAAGUCUUAACCCCAACCAUCUAUAAAAAGUCGCUGUGGGAGAUAUCGGGCCACUGGCAGAACUACAAGGAUGACAUGUAUGAGGUGACCGGCCGAGGAGCCAGUGGCGAGGCAGAUGGCGAAGUAGGUGAAGAUGAAUCCUACGGACUGAAGCCAAUGAACUGUCCCGGUCACUGCCUACUCUUCAAGUCGCAGAAUCACUCCUACCGCGACAUGCCGGUGCGCUAUGCAGACUUCAGCCCGCUGCACCGCAACGAAGUGUCAGGAUCACUGACUGGUCUGACGCGCGUUCGUCGUUUCCAUCAGGAUGAUGGGCACAUAUUCUGUCGGCGGCAGCAGAUCAAGUCGGAGAUUGCAUCGGCGCUGGGAUUUGUGGACAUGGCUAUGAAGACAUUCGGACUCGGUCCGUAUCGAUUGGUCUUGUCGACACGACCGGAAACCGAUUAUAUUGGGACUUUGGAGAUGUGGGAUAAUGCCGAGAUGCAAUUGCGCGAGGCUCUGGACAGUACCGGACGCGAGUGGGCGCUGAAUCAGGGCGAUGGUGCGUUUUACGGCCCCAAGAUCGACAUCCAGCUCCAGGACCAAGCUGGCAAGUACCACCAGCUGUCUACUAUUCAAUUGGACAUGAACUUGCCACAGCGAUUUGAGCUGGAGUAUCAGGUUGCAGAGAGUGAGCCAGACUACAAUCCAGCCACACCCGGAGUUGCAACUCCAGUUAUGAUUCACCGCGCCAUCUUCGGCUCAUUGGAGCGGUUUUUAGCGUUGCUGAUUGAACAGCACGGUGGCCAUUGGCCAUUCUGGCUUUCUCCGCGCCAGGCCAUUGUCCUGACAGUUAACCAAGACGAUGCUGUUGUGCGCCAGGCUCAGGAAGCAGCAGCCAAGUUUGCUGGUUUCCGCGCAUUGCUGAAUGAUGGUACCGCGGAAUCGCCCCGUCCACUGUCCUCUGUCGACUCUACUUUCUUGGUUGAUGUUGAUACCAGCGCACAGACCCUGGGCAAGAAGAUUCAGCGCGCCAAACAGAUGAAGUAUAACCUCAUCUUCAUUCUCGGAUCACGGGACCUGGCCGAUGGUGGUAUCACCGUUGAUGUCACUGGGCAGAUGCAGAGCAAGACAGAUAAAGAUGGUCAGACAUUGCAGGCGCUGAUUAAAGCCAGACUAGGUAAUGAUGCGCUACAGAACCCUCGAGCUGUUAAGCUCAGUGUCGACGAGGUGCAUCCGCUGUUGGUCGAACUGGAGAAGAGCUUUGUGUAA